GUCAAUGUCGUCCAGCAGUGGCGAAACGGAGCAACACACGAGGAAUCUCUCUGACACACAAACACACACACACACACACACAGACACACACAGAGAGAGAGAGAGGGGUCGGAUGGUGUGAGUGUGUGUUGGAGGUGUGGGUGGGUGGGCGGAUGUGUGAGCUUACGGAUGUGCACUGAGGAAGGAAAACGAAUCGGCUAGGAACUCAUAGACCAACUUGAUGUAGCAGGAUGGUGAGCCAGCCGGCACUGUGGGGUCAUGCAUUGCAUCUCACAGACACGUCGAGCGUCACACACAUCUGCAUCCCCUCCAUCACCAUCAAUGGGUGUGUCCGUCCGUCCCUCACUACCGGCCUUCACUCGCUCAACACACGAGAGUCCAACGACUUAGUCUACGGCCAGCUAGUUGCCACACGCCACCUGUAUAUCGUCGGCCCCCAUCACCUCACGCACCACCGCCACUGUCUGGGGAAACCUGGCGGCACCCUCCCUGCCGGGAACAGGAACCUCCGUCGUGCAGAGGACGGCAUGGGCCUCGUUGAGGUGCUGGGGUUGGUCAAUGGUGCUGUAGAUGGUGAUGUGGGUCUCGAACUUGUGGUGGGGUCGGUCGCCAUGCAGCACUAUGGUGCGGUCGACGCCUCCUGCUGCCGUCCAGUGUCUGGUGCUGAUGGUGUGACAGCCCCAGAUGGGCGGCUGCUGAGUGGCGAGCUGCUCCUGAAGGGAAAGCGAGAUAUGACAAUGAGCGAGUGGGGAAGCUGGUGAGGCUCUUGUGCGACUGACCAGUCGGUUGAACCGCGUGGCAUUGUUGAGCUGGUAGGCACACACAACAAGAUGGUCCGCGACCGACAACCCUCCAAAGCGCAUCCUGAUCAGACACAUCAAUGGCAGUCAGAGCGGUGCAGCCAAUGUGCUUAUGUGCCACUGUGCUCAUCCAACACAGCAUAUUCAUAACCUUCGAACAGUCAUAUACACACGCAACCAAAUGACCCAUUGCCCAUAGCUAUUCCCCCCUCCCUCCCCGCCAUGCACACACACGGGGUUGGCCGGGUCGUAUCCAUUGCGGAAGGGGUGGUUGGCCGGCAGGGUCUCCGGUGGGCGGAUGGUCAUCAGCGGAUACCCCUUCAGCCGAUCCUCUGACGCAAAGAUGACCCAUUGCCCAUAGCUCUCUCUCCCCUCUCCCUCCCCUCCCUCACCUGCAUACUCACACGCGGGGUUGUUCAAGUCGAAUCUAUUGCGGAAGAGGCUGAAGAGGCUGCCUCGCGGCAGGGUGUGCCGUGUGCGAAUGGUGAGCCGAUUGCCACCCAGCCGCUCCCCGCUGUUGCUGACGCGCUCGAGCGUCAUGUCCAGGUGGCGGGCGAUGAGGGACAGCUGGCGCAACGCCUCACAUCGGCCGUCGAAGACCGCCCGGCUGCCUACCGCCUCCACAUCAGCACUGCCCAACUCUAUCGGCAGCCGUCCCUCUCCCCGCCCCUGGUGCACAGCCACCCUAACGAGUGGCUCCCACCCCGUCCAGUCGCCGCUCUUGUCGAGGAAGUACGCCAGCCGCAGCAGCGAGUCGACGGAUGUCAGCUGGGGGGAGAUGGUGAUGAUGCCCUGGAGGCCCUUGGCGACGAGCAGGCCGUCGAUGUACUUGUUGACCUCCUCGACCACGACGUGCUCAUUGGUGUCGUUGAGCUGUGCGAUGACUGCGUGUUUGGUGGCCUCCGAGCGGGCCGCCUUCCUGAUCAGCACCGAACAGAGGGACGUGACCGUCUGAUGGAUGAAACAAACGGGCCAACAAUCCGAGCAAGAGGGCCACCGUGACGCGUUCACAUGAUCUGCGUGUGUGCGCGGUCUCCUUCACCUGUGGCUGCGGCAAGUCGGCUACAGGACCAUCAGCAGCGGAUGACGAUGACGCUGAAGCCGCCAUCGCUUGGUCGGAAAGCGUCUGCACCAGGAGUGCAGAGGCAUGGUCGCAUCCCUCUCUCAUCCAUAUCUCCCUGCUCAUCAAUAUCUCCCUGCUCACCAAAAUCGCCAGACGAUACCGAGUCAGGAAUUAGGCAUUGAUUACAUCAUGCCCCUUCAUACCAAUUUCAUGUCUCGUAGAUCUCGAGGGUGGUUUCAGGGUUUAGCUCGCAGGGUCCUCUCUCCUCCCCGGGUCACCUCCUUGUCCGACGACAGACGCUGCAGCGCCCGCAUGCACGGUGUGCUCGCCGCCGCUGGAGAGCCGCUGUCGUCGUCACCCGUCGGCCGCGACAGCAAGAGGUCGAAGUAGAACACCACAGAUGGGUCUUCCUUCUCGCUCUCGCGUGGCUCGAGCGACAGCAGGUUGUCGUGUCGUAUGCGACCAGAACGCGCAGGAUGGCGCGGAAGGCCGUCGGGUCUACGUCAAGGAAAAUGGGCGGGGGCGUGCUGCUGCACACAGAGGGGGAGGUUGGGCUGGAGGGAGAUGUGGAAGCGGCUGGCUGGUAGGGGACGAGCAUGUGGUCGAAUGCUGCAUGACAAACAGACAGGGAGAGGGAGGGGGAGGGGGAGGGGGAGAAGGAGAAGGAACAAUGAAUCCAUGGCUGGCGCGGGUGUGUCAAAAGUCACAGUGCCCUUUCAUUUUGCGUGCAUUGCAUACCGCCGGAGAAGAGGUCGCAUAGGAGGGAUUCGCUCACGCACGUGAGGGUGGAGCGGGGAACCUAUACAUAGACAGACAGACAGACAGGCAGAGGCAGGGCGGCACGUAUUUGGAUGGAACGACCUCUGUCUACGUCUGCAUACUCACUCACCAUGAAGCCUUCGCCACCGACAUUAACGACCAGAAUGUCCUUGGGAUCACCGCGGAUGUCCCGCCACCUCCUGGCCCGCACAUACUCAUCGAGUUCCUUCCGCUUCCGCUCAACCAACUCACGACGCCUCUGGAAAUGCAAUGCACACAUUGUCAAGGGAAGGCAUUUGCAGCGCGGCCAUGCAUUUCAACCUCCGUAGUGAUGAUGCAGCGUACCUUCAGGUCUCUGACGACGCUCUGCACCUUUCCUGUAAGACUCUGCAGCGGGCAGUCGACGCUGGGAAGGCCAGUGAGUCCCACACGGGACAUCCCGUCCUCCUCCGCCUCUGCACAAUUCAUCUGCAUGACGAAGCUGCGCGCUUGGCG